AUGACAUUCUCGACUCUUCAGCGUAUUCUCCUGCCCGUCACCUUAGUUAUCGUCCUGUGGACAGGUAGCAGCAACGCUAAGAUUCCCCUUCACAUCGGAGGAUUUUUCCCACUGAACCACUCGAUACUCAGCCUAGAUUUUCUCGGACCGAUUGCCCAUGACUGUCUCGAUUCGGCUUUGCUGGCGUUAGAGCACGUCAAUGAGAAUGAAGACGUCCUAAAAGAUUAUGAGUUACGAAUGGUAGUCGUCAAUACGGAGAACAACGAAGGUUUGGCUAUCAGGAAGUUCGUGAACCUCGUGACGAGUGGGCCACAACCAAUGGUCAUGCUACUAGGAGACCUUACAUCAAAGGUGACAGAACAUAUGGCCAAAUCAACAGUCUAUUGGAAUCUCAUACAGGUCUCGUAUGGUUCACAUUCAGCUGCUCUCGCUACCAGGAAAUUAUAUCCUCUUUUCUUCCGCACUAUUUCGUCUUCGCUUGGUUUUAAUUUUCCUCGGUUAAAGACAAUCCUUGAGUUCGGGUGGAAAAGAGUGGCGAUAAUCCAUUCAACCAUGGAUAAUACUUUUCAAAUGGCAACUGAGCGGCUGCACACAUUGCUAAGUAAUGCCAACAUAAGCAUACUUGCAUCAGAGACCUUCAGCCAGGAUCCGACAAGCAGGAUCAAAUUUCUGAAGGAUAAAGAUGCAAGAAUCAUUAUUGGAAACUUUUACCGUCCUCAAUCGUAUCUCGUAUUCUGCGAGGCAUACCACAUAGGCAUGUACGGUAAAGACUAUGUGUGGAUGCUGUAUGGCCAUGACCCGUUAAAUUUUGAUGAAAUCACAGCAGAGAUCGAGCCUGAGAUUGGUUGCACAAAGGAACAGAUUAUGGAGGCAGCUGAGGGAGCUUGGUUUGUCGCCUGGGAGACGAUGAGCAUUGAAAACAAGAAAACAGUUGACCCCAGAAGAUACGGAAACUUUCGAUCACUGGCCGCAAGUGAUUUAGCAACACCUGGACCAUUUGCAUACGACGCCAUCUGGGCAAUGGCCUUAGCACUGAAUGCAUCUAUUGAGGACAUCCUACCGCAGAGACUUGAGAACUUCACUUACGAUAGUAGUGAGAUGGCUGAAAUCAUCAAGGGUAACAUGGAAAAGACAAACUUCUUCGGCGUUUCGGGUCCUGUUACAUUUGAUACUGACGGUGAUAGAAAGGGGGUGCUAAGAAUUCAGCAAUUGAGAAAUGGAACAGAAGUGCUGAUUGGAAGAUACGUGGCCCAGUCCGACCUCAUGGAAUGGCAGAUGUCAAUAGAAGACAUAUGGUAUCGAAGCGGGGGAAAACCACCUUCAGAUAAAGAUAUCACAGAAGAACGUCACGAAAUUCGAGUCAUUUCGUUCGUCAUGUUUGUUGUUAUGACGGCAUUGGCGACACUGGGCAUCGCCAUGUCCGUCGGGUUACUGGCUUUCAACAUAUACUACAGAAACGAGAGGCUGAUCAAAAUGUCAAGUCCUAACCUAAACAACGUCAUUAUCAUUGGUUGUGUCCUCAUCUAUGUCAUGGUGUCGCUACUUGGAAUUGAUAGAAAUAUAUUACAUUAUGACAGUCAGCUGGAAGUCCUUUGUCAGAUACGCAUGUGGAUAUUGGCCUUUGGGUUUACCCUCUCUUUUGGGGCCAUGUUUUCCAAGACUUGGAGAGUUUACACAAUAUUUACCAACAAAACUCUACAGAAAAGGGUAAUUAAAGAUCAUCGCUUAUUGGCUAUGGUGGUUGGAAUGGUGGGUAUUGAUAUAGUGAUAUUAACGAUAUGGCAAGCAGUCGACCAUCUCACGUUAGUGAUCACAAAAGAUAGGCCGUACGAGAGUCCAUAUGAAGAGAACGUUAUAAUAAUCUACGAGCUCCAUCACUGUUUGUCUGAGUACAGCGCCUAUUUUACGGCAGCCAUAUUGGUAUUUAAAGGUCUUCUUCUCAUCUUCGGUGCCUUCAUCACAUGGCAAACAAGAAAUGUAAGCAUUCCAGCCCUGAAUGAUAGUAAAUAUAUAGCACUGUGCAUCUACAACGUGUUCAUAUUCAGUGUGAUAGGGGUGCCAUUAUCGUUCAUAUUAUCAGACAAUCUAGACUCGGGAUAUGCUAUCAUCGGUGGCUUUAUUCUGUUCUGCACAACUGGCACUCUUUGUCUUCUGUUCAUUCCAAAAAUUAUAAGUAUCGUACGUGGUUAUUCGCCAGAGAAAGUAGGAACCGGUGUCAAAGCCACGACUCUAAUAAACAAGACAAAUACGAACCACAGUAUAAAUAAAAGGUCCUCCAAAACUCGGACUACAUAUGUCGACCCUUCAAGUACAUCGGUAAUGGAAAAAAGACAAUCACUGACCGUUCCAAACAGCUCGGACAAGUGUUCUGUGAGCAGUGACGUACAUUCCGUCGAUAAGCGUGCGCCCUCCCACGCUCCGAGUCAGAAGAUGGCUUUACUUGUUAGUACAGAUGCGGCCAAUGGAGGGUCGGCUGAAAACAUUCUAUGA